CUCUUUUACUUAAGUCAGGAAAUUAGCUUCAACUAGUACCAAAAAUAAAAACCCUCCGUUCUCUAUUUCUCUUUCCCCAUCGAUUUCUACCUCUUUUAUCUGCGCUGAUUCGAUUUUUUCUUCUUUCCUUAUUUGCCUAAUUAGAAAACUCUGUUCUUCUUCAGCCGUAAAUUGAAAUUACCACUUCAUUCUUCUUCCACUAGCCUAAAUUCGAAUGGUUCAGAUGGUUUAACCCACAAAUUUAUUGGGCUGUGGACUUACGAAUAGUUUCAUCGGAUACAAGUGAUUCGGAGUUAGAAGUGUUCGGCAAUACACUCCAACAUCACUGGAAGAAUGAACAAAGGUGGAGUAGGUCUUACUGGUGGAGGCAGUGGGCCAACAUCGGUGGCGGCAGCAGCAGCAGCUCAGAAGCAAAAGGCACUGUUGCAAAGAGUCGACACUGACAUAACCAGCAUUGUAGAAAACUUCAAUCACCUGGUUAACGUUGCAAGGGUGAGUGAUCCGCCAGUUAGGAAUUCACAAGAAGCAUUCAUGAUGGAGAUGCGUGGAGCGAGAAUGGUCCAGGCAGCAGAUUCCUUGCUGAAAUUGGUAUCAGAGUUGAAGCAGACAGCUAUCUUUUCGGGGUUGGCAUCCUUGAACGAGCGUGUUGAGCAGCAAACUGAUGCAUUUGACCAGCAAGCCGAGAAAACAGAGCAAAUGUUGUCUAGAAUUGGAGAGGAGGCAGCUGGUUGCCUGAAAGAACUUGAAUCUCAUUACUACUCUUCUGCCCAAAGGAUCGACCAAGGCGAACAAUGAAGGUUGGAAAGGAGGCAGCUGGUUGCCCGAGAACUGCAGUUUGCAGCAUUUUUUUAACAGAUCUCUUUUAACCUAAUUUUACUAGGAAAAACGUUUAACCCACCCCGAGGAAAAGCCAGACGAUGCACAUGCAGUAGUACCUUCAGUUUAUAUCAUUCUUGCCAUACGCAGCCGCACACAUGCACAUUUCACAACUGCAUCCUUGGUGCAUCUGAGGGCGCAAAAGAUCUUGACACGUAUUAUUUGAUCGAACGUGAUGUAGCCAUAUGACACGCUGAUUUCAGAAGUCGAACUAGUUAUGCUUAGAGCUUCUCUAAUGGUGAUUGUGGAUCUUUCAUAUGUGGCAUCACUUUUAAGACAUUCUCUAGGUAUAAAAUCCUAAAUAUUAGGAGAAAAUAAAUUUUGUCUCCAACCCAUAAAAUGUUGUAUCAUCCUUUUACUUAUUUGUAGGUAUAUAAUUGGUUAAAAUCAUUUCCUUUCUUGUUUUUAAUGAUUUUUAUUAACAAAAAUGUGACUAGGAUGGGAAGACAUC